AUGACGCAAGUGCCAGAACUGGCAAACCCUCAAGCAAGUCUGGAGGAAGAGGAAGCCAACGAAAGGUUGGUGGGUACUCUCUACAAAGCCUUGAGCUCCAAAGACUUUGAUGAGGUGCAACGUUUGCUCGCACCAGACCUAGAGUGGUGGUUCCAUGGUCCACCAAAUCACCAGCAUUUGAUGCACUUACUCACUGGCUCAGCACCAUCAUCGUCGUCGUCCUUCGUUUUUGUUCCUCAAACCAUUGUUGCUUUCGGAUCAACGGUCCUUGUUGAAGGUUUCGACAAGGAACGUUCGGUCUCGUGGGUUCACGCGUGGACUGUCACUGAUGGGAUAAUUACUCAGGUCAGGGAGUACUUCAAUACUUCCGUGACCGUUACUCGCUUCGGAGCCGGAGCGUCACAGCCGAUAUCAUCACCGGGUGUCACUACUUUACGGUCAGCCUCAGCCAACAAGUGCCAGAGUGUUUGGGAGAGCAAACUCUGUGAUAUUAACUCAGUCCCAGGUCUUGUUUUGGCACUAUAG